UUGAGCAGUGCACCGUUUGGACUUGGGGCGGGAGUCUCAGUUUCGCUGCCGAGGAAAGGCUUGGAAGUGGUCCCGAUGCCGCGUGCUAAAAGAGCUUUGAAGCUGGAAAAUCUUAUUCCAGAAAAAGUGCCAGCAAUAUCAUCAGCAAAAAAUGGCCUUCUUUUUUCACCAAUAACAGGAACACGUCUAAUGAAUUCAUUUUCAAGUCCCAGGAGAAAUGACCUAUCAAAUGUUCUAUCAAGCUGCAGAAAUAAUGCCGAAGAAUCAGAUGAAAUCAGAGUGUCUUCCAAAGUCUUGCCAAUCCAAUCCAAUAUAAAGGAGCAACAUCAAAUGAAAAAUAAUGACAAACUCUUGGCAUUGCAGUCUGAAGUUGAAUAUUCCCUGGAAGGAUUCCUGCAAAUCCGAAAAAAACUAACCAAUCUGAAGGCUUUAGAGGGCACCAGAGAGCUGGAAAAUAUUCUGGGCACUUCAAACAAGUCUGGUAAUUUAAAAAUUGAACUGAGAAAAUCCAGGAAACUGAUUGAGCAAGUCAGAAAGAGAAACCUGAAAAAACCGGGUGCUGCUAGACUUUCUACUCAAGAAAAUCUCCAGCCUACCAAUAGCUUUGCAUUCCUGAAAUCUCUCAUUGGCUAAGCUUUCCUCGUACACUGAGCAUGAGGAUACUACAUGUCUUAAGAAUAUACCAAGCAAGGCUGCAAGAUUCUCCAACUGCCUGAUCCUACUUAAAAGGUUAAAAAAAACCUCCUGUAAAUCUAUCUCUCCAGCAAAUACCAGCUAAGAAUUGCUCAGUGUACCAGGCAGGUGCACAUCUAGAUACAGUUUCUUGCAUCUAAUUUAAACUUUACAAUCUGUACAACCAGUUAAUCUCAAUGUAAAUAAUACACUUGCCAUAGCUUUUUAUGCAAAUAUGUAAUGGCAUAAAUUGUAUUUCUUCUAUAUAGUUAAAAAAAAGCCUAAGAAAAUUUGCCUGAUGUUGGAAAAAUUCUUUAAUGAGCUUUUCAUUACAUUUUGAAAGAACGACUACUUUUAGAGAUGGAUGCUAUUUCCCAGGCCUUCAAACAAACUGCAAAUUUCACAGUAAUUAUAUGCUCCACGCUGCCUCUGAUGGCCUGCCAAUUCUACCACAAACAAUGAAGAUGCCUUGCCAAUUUACAGCACAUUGUUUAUCUUAUCAGCACACACAAAAUCAAGCAAAUAUGCCAUUUAUCUUUGUAUAUAACCCUUCAUUUGUUAAUAAAGACUUAUGAGGUCCAA